AUGUCGGCACCAACCCCUUUGGAGGCGCUGGGCCAAGUUCUGGCCGAGGUGUCAGCGGCGAGCAGACAGCAGACCCAAGUGCUGCGAGUGCUGAUGAACAGAGCAGAGGCAGCGGGAGGGAUGUCCUCCAUGAAGCGCAUGGUGGAGGGGGAGGACCCCCAGGCGCUGAGUCUCCCGGCGACCGCCCGCAUGCAGUACGCCGAUCUACGCCACGCCAUCCUGGACCGGGUCGGCAGCAGCCCCGAAGACCACCGCCGAAAGUUCCGGGCCAUGAAGUUGGGGUCAGAGGACCGGCCCUUCGUGUUGGCAUACCGGAUGAGGGACGCGGCAACCCGGUGGCUCCAGCCCAAUGGGCUGGACCCAAAGAUGUUGGAGUCCAUCAUCCUAGAACAAUUUAUUGAUGCCCUCCCGGCCAGGACCUCAGCAUGGGUGCGGUACCACAGCUCCCCAGAUGUAAAAACAGCGGUGAAACUGGCGGAGGAGCACCUGGCGGUCCAGCGGGAGGCGACCCCAAAGACAGCCGAAAGGCCCACCCCAGCACCCCGCCGACGACUCGCCCCGCUAUGGGGGGGGAUGGAGGAGACGUCCCGGGAGCAGCGACCACGCACGGCCGAGCCACCCGGAGCCAACGAGCAGGGUACCGGCGCUGCGGAGAGGGGGCUUCCCUCGCAGAUGGCGCCUCAAACACCAGGGCCGGCCGGUGUGCUGGAGGCGAACGCGUCGGGCCGGGGGCUGGGGGCGGUGCUGUCCCAGCGGGUGGGGGACGUCGACCGCCCCGUGCUGUACAUCAGCCGUAAACUCUCGGACCGGGAGGCAAGUACCGCCUGA